CGGCAAAAACACAAAAGUGGAAAACCCCAAAAUCGUUUGCCCUAAUUCUGAUUCUCUUUCUACAGCAGCAGCCAGCGAAGAAUUCCAGCCACGAUACGAUGUCGGAGGAAUCUACGACGAGGUACCGCAUAGGUUAUGCUCUUGCGCCCAAGAAAGUGAAGAGUUUCAUCCAACCAUCGCUCCUCAAUCUCACCAAAGAGAGAGGGAUCGAUCUAUUUCCCGUCCAGACCACCAAGCCCUUGACCGAUCAAUUCCCCUUCGAUUGCAUCAUCCACAAAUCACCCGACCCGGAGUGGCGAAACCAGCUCGAGCAGCUCAUUCAUCAGAAUCCAAACGUCGUCGUAAUUGACCUCCCGGAGGAGAUCGAGCGCCUCCACAAUCGAGUAACCAUGCUGCAGGCGGUGGACCAGCUGGAAAUUUCCAACGGGUUCUCAGUCGGGGUGCCGAAGCAGGUGUCCGUCGAAAAUCCCCAAUCGCCGAUCGACUGCGGUUUAAGUUUCCCGGUGAUUGCGAAGCCGCUGGUGGCGAACGGGAGCGCGGGAUCUCAUCAGAUGUCGUUGGUCUUCAACGAGGAGGGCUUGCGAGGGCUGAAAUUGCGCCAGCCGUUUGUGCUGCAGGAGUUCGUGAAUCACGGAGGGGUCAUUUUCAAGGUCUACGUGGCGGGGAGGCACGUUCAGUGUGUGAAGAGGAGGUCGUUGCCGGAUAUCUCUGUGGAGAAAUUGGGGGUUUCGGAGAAUUCGGUGUCGUUUUCUCAGAUUUCGAAUGUGACUGCGGAGGAUCGGAGCGGUGACGGCGUGGAGAAGUUAAUCGAGGCGGCGGAGCUGCCGCCGUCUGGUUUUGUGACGGAAGUAGCUAGUCAGUUGAGGGAGGCUUUGAAAUUGAACCUUUUCAAUUUUGAUAUGAUAAGGGACAGUAGCGUUGAAGGGCGGCAUCUCGUGAUCGAUAUAAAUUACUUCCCGGGGUAUGCCAAGAUGCCAUGCUACGAGACGAUUUUGACUGAUUUUUUCCUCGACGUUGUGCAGAAGAAGCCGGACGUAAUUUCUAAGGACUGUUAGCUGAGUAUAACUGAGUGAUUUUGUGACUCCGAGCCCGAUAUUAUGGCCUGUUGUGGUGGUAAACAACCACCAUUUGGUUCGCCGUGGUUGAUGAAACAAUGCGGAAAUAGGAUAAGAGGUGAGUGAUGUGAUUGAACACAAGCAACACUUGCUUGGACAAUCUGCUGCAGGAAGCUAAUCAUGUGUUUUUAAUCUCUUUUAUUUGACUGUUUUGGAUUUCAAGACUGAAAUAAAAGCAACUCAUUUCAUGUUUGCUCAAGGAUGAUUGCCAGAAUUGUUGGCAGCUAAUGAUAUGAAUUUCCAAGAUCCUUGCACCCUUUUUGUUAUAUAAACACACAUGUCUAUGUUUACAGAUUUUCUUAAUUGAAUGCUUACUCUGUUGCUUCCAUUUUGUUUCAUUAUGUUCGUUGUUAGAUUAUUCAUUCUCAACGGUUUUCGGUUUUAGUUGUGGCUAAUAGAUAGUUUGGAACGAUGACAGCUUAUUAUUUUCAAUGUUCUAUCUAGCAUAAACGCUGGAUGUUUUUUGGAGUUGAUCAUAAUCUCAGAUGAAUGCUUUUAUUAGUCACAUUUCAAUGACAGUGUCCAGUCUGUUAAAGAUCAUUCCGGCUGUAGUUGUAGUGUAAGAGGGAGCGGGAGUUGUGAAUAGUCAACCAAGCAAUUGCAGUUCCUAAACUAGAAUUUUUAGACUGCUGUUAUGAUUUACAAUGACAUUUUGCUAUCUUGUUAGUCAUGAUACUGAGACUUCUAAGGUUAUGGGGUUGAUUCUGGUUGAUUUGGAGAGAUUCUACCACCUCUAAUAGUUGUUUGAACUAAUUUGCUAAGAACAUGCAGAUCAGUUGUGAACUGGUUUCCUGUAUCAUAUUUUACCUACUCUACAGUGAGAGUAAACAGAAAAUAUACAUAGAAAUUUUAGGGAGAAAAUUGUGGAGAACAUGAAUCACACUGCUGGUGAAUAUGAUCAUACCUGCUGGAGAGUCUAUGUCGCAGCAAAGAAAUAGUAGGGUUGAAAUCUAGUAGUUUUCUCAUUGUUAAGUGUUCGGUGUUUGGGACACCAUCUGUUAGCAGCCUCUGUCUAGAAAUGAGAUUGAUCAUGGUGACAGUCUGUGUUGGCUGCAAUAAAAAAACACUGUUUAUAAUACUUGAUUAAAAAGGAGCUCAUUUUGAAGCAUGAUUUUACUUUCUCAAGAUUCAAGAACUUGUUUCUAGUAGUAGUUGCUUGCUUCGUCGUCCAUGAGGAUAUCCUCUAAGGCAUCAGUAGUCGCUGGAGGGAUGGAAAAUUCUGCUGGAGAUGAAAUUGUUUGGUUCUUGAUCUGUGUUUAAAUGCACUGAAGAUGCUGAGAUGAGAUCAGACAGGUCGAAGUGUGUCUUUGAAGCUCGGUUGGCAUGUCAGAGUCUCAAAUUCAGGUUUUGCAGCGAAUCUCUCUGACUGUAAGCCUAUCUCAAAGGGAUCACAUAGCAGUCUGCUUGUGACUCGAGCUGCCCCAGGCUAGGAUAAGUUUCCAUCUGGAGAGAAGGCGAAACUGAAGCCAGCUGUAAAAUAUUGACCACCAAUAGAAGCUUCGCGAGACUAGCAACGUCCUCUUGAGAUCUCACAACACCUUCCCAGGUAGAUUUCUUGAUCUAUUACAGCUGAGAAUCUGAGGUAACACAAGUAUCAAGAUGAGCUCUCUGCAUAUGAGUGUCAUGGUCUAUUCAAUUCCGGAGCAGCUUUUCUUGAGACGGGUAUUCCAGAAGUUCUUGAUCUCGUUAUCAGCUCUCCCUGGCAGGUAACUAGCUCUACUGACCACCUGGAAAACAUAAAACAAGUACUAAUAAUCAUUAAAUGCAUAGAAACCUGCCUUUGACACUGCAGGAAAUCAAGUCUACAAGUCUAGAUAAUGAGAUUUGAGUAGUUCAUUACUUGUUGAGCCCAGCAAGUUUUGGGAGCUCUUUCCAGCUGCCAUGGCCAUAUUUCUGAAUGCAGUAAACGAGCUUCUCGUCUUCUUCAGGCGUCCACGUGUUGUUUCUGUGUUUGUGUCUCUCUCUUGAGUGAUUUUAGUUGGUUUUGUGUGGAAUUUGUGUGAUUAUAGCAUCGUUUUAUAGUGUGGCAGUGUUUGAAAAUCUUGACAGUGGCUUGCUGUGGAGAGUCAUUAACUUGUUCUUUUUGCUUUCUUGAAACGUAACAGGCCCGUGGCCGUGAGAGAUACCCCGUUCGGGUUUGGAACCAUUAAAACCGAGCACCACUAGGCCCGGGAUCUUAUAUUCGGCGGAAAGGAAAACUGAUGUGGAUGCUGAAACUGAUACUCCAUUCAUCCACCAAAGAGUGUGCAAUAUUGGGGAUGCCAAGUGUUUGAAUUUAAUUACUUUAGUUGUUAUUAUGACUAAAAGUGAUAUUUAUUCUUAAUAAACGUCACUGUUUAUUUUUUUAAGAACAUAUAUCACUUUUGUAAUUGUCACUUUAAAUUUUUUAAUUUAAUUGGUACUUUAAAUGUUAUA